AUGACGAACGUUACCAAGGAAACAGAAGCAUACCAACCUGUAUGGGAAGGUUGUGCAAUGGGUAAAGGUGGAUGUUGGCGCAAGAAGCCUGAUUGGGCAGCUGUAGCACUGAAAAUGGUGGAGCUGGCUCGGCCCAAGGCAGACAAUAUCGCAGUCAGGGAAUGCUCGAAAGCAUCAUACCCAACGACUAAAUCACCCGGAUCGACGUCCCUCAAAGUAAAACUGACAACUCUGGACAAAGAAAGGAUUUCGCGAGAGUUAGGACAGUUGUCGAAAAAGAAUUUCUGGAGCCUGGAACGGUCUGAUGAAGCACCGCUGAUCAUAGACCAGAUUGUCAUCGACUUGCGAAACAGUGCAACUACCAUCAAUAGUUUUUACUAA